UCCAGAACAGCACGACGUUGACGGGCAGCGCCGAGCGUCACGGACGAUCCGCGCCGAGCACGCCGCGCACGCCGAGCACUCGCAGCACGCCGAGUCCAAGGCGUCGGCCGUCGGCAGCGUCCACAGCGUCCACUCGCCAGCCAUGAGGAGGUCCACCUUCACCUUCGCCGAGAGCGUCCAGGGCGUCCAGGGCGUCGUCGCCGUACUGCUGCUCAUGGCCUCGCACGGCGCCCUCGCGAGGUCGCUCGACGCCAGCACCGCGGGAGGCUGCUCGCUGAACGUGGACGGCGGCUUCACGGGUCGCAGCACCGCGCUGCUCGUCAACAACCGGAGUCGGCCGCCCUCGUGGCUGCUGCCCGUCCGCAACAACAGGAGCAAGGUGCUGCACCUGGACAGGGGGCAGAGCUUCGUCGCCUCGUGCCCGGGGUCGCGCAACCAGGUGAUCGGCAUCACCCAGCAGCACGGCGUCCUGGAGUGCGACGCGGGCGCCCUCCGCGCCGUGGCGUCCCCCAUCCCCAAGGCCAUCAACAGCCGCGACCUGACGUGCAAGAAGCCCGCCCAGGCCGAGCUCAGACCGGGCAGCAAGUGUGGCGAGGGCGGCCGGUGGUUCAACGUGGGCUUCAACGUGAGCGGCGUGGGCUUCGUGCCGCUCUUCGGCGUCUGCCACAACGUGGACCUGGGCGCCACACUGUACGCAGCGCACAAGCUGCACGGCGGCGCCAUCGACGCGGCGCAGGACGAGUCCAAGCGGCCCGCCUUCCACCAGGGGCUCAGUGACCUGUACGCUGGCUAUAGCCCGGACGACGCCUACAAGAAGAGCCGGCAGCAGGCCACCCUGAUGCAGCUGCUGGGCACGAGGCGCGCCAAGGAGGUGUUGGACGUGUCGCCGCUGGUGCGCGGCCACCUCAGCCCCGACGGCGACUUCCUCUGGGCGCCCCACCAGUGGGCCACCUACUUCUACGCCAACGUCGCGCCGCAGUUCUCCUCCAUCAACGGCGGCCACUGGAAGGUGGUGGAGAACCUGGCCCGGAAGGUCGCAUCGCAGAUGCAGGCCGACCUCAUGGUGUACACGGGCACGCACGGGGUGUUGACGCUCACCAACGGGGACGGCAAGAAGGUGGCCAUCUACCUGGAACCGCUCAAGCGGAAGAUCCCUGUCCCGGAGCACAUAUGGAAGGUCAUCUACGACCCGGCCACCAAGAGCGGCAUCGCGCUGGCCGUGGCCAACAACCCCACCCUGACGGGCCGCGAUCGGUCCGCGUCGCACCUCUGCGAGGACCGGUGCGCCGAGCACGGCUGGCCCACGGACCUGCUGGGCGAGGUGCGGAAGGGACUCGUCGUCUGCUGCACUGUGCAGCAGCUCAAGCAGGCCGGCGUGCGCCUGCCCGCCUCCAUCCGCGCCGAGAAGGUCCUGCGCGGCCCCCGGCGAUGAGCGUGCCUUCCGCUCUCACUUUUCACCCGUCCGCUGCGGGUUCGAGUCUCACUCAAGUCCGCACAAUUUUUUGAAAAUUUUCUCCGCUGUUAUUUCUUUCUAAAAUUAAAUAUCCAGCUAGAAACUCUCAAGCUUUCGCAAACAAACAAUGUUGGUGCAAAAUUUGUCUUGGCGAACUGUGACUUUGGUGAGACUCGGACUCCAUCAUUUGGAGUUAGGGAAGCCCCUUUCCUCCAGUCUGCACUACGUUGAGGUGCAAUAAGGAACAGCAACAUAACCAUCCUAAAAAUUAUUUUCUUGCUGUCAGAAAAAAAAGUCGUCCACCUUUUAAUUGCAUAUUUGAUAAAUGAAAAUCUUUAGCACCCCUCUCUCUCUCUCUCUCUCUCUCUCUCUCUCUCUCUCUCUCUCUCUCUCUCUCUCUCUCUCUCUCUAUUUGUAAAAACAAAUUAGUUUGUGUCUCUGUGGCAUUGUGAUCCCUUCAGUAUAGAAUGGAGUAAAAAAUACGUCAAUAUGACACUUUCAUUCAAGACGCCUUGCACACGUUUUUGAAACCGUUCCAUUUGAGAACAUUUUGCCUGAAAUUGUGAACUAGGUCGAAACUUUCUUCAAUUCUUUCUUCAAACAUGAUGAGAGGGUGUCUAUUUUAUAAUGCCAUUAAAGAGGUAGUGUAAUGGUGUUAUGUGGUACUACAAGCAGGUGCUGCUAAAAACUUAAUUUCACUGACUGAGUACUGAUUUUGAGGAAGAAAAAGAUACUUUUCAGUUACUUCAGACAAACAGCUUUUAGCUCUGGGAUAAGACUGUGGUUGCAUUGAAUGCACUUAAGCAUUCUUGGAACUGAUGUUAGGUUACAUUUCUGAAAGGAAACUCACAGUAUAUACAAGAAUGCAAUUGUAGGAGUAAAGAAUAGAAACUGGUAUGUUGUGAGGAGUUAUUUAUUUCAGGAGUACAACAAGCAAACAGAACAGUCAAAAAUCAGACUCAAAUUGAUGUCCUCUUGCUCACCUGUCUGCUACACAGCUCCUACUCACAAAACUUGGCAAAGUACAAUUAAACGAACCUGUAUCCAAGUUGCCCUUGACCAAACAUCUCUCACAACAAUAAACAUUUCUGGUAACCAAUUAAAUUAGUGAAAGAUUUUUUAUCAUGAAGCUUGUGAUGUUCUGAAAUGUUUUUGAAUUAUUUUAUUUUGUGAGUGUAUCAGGUUCAACUUUUAAGAAAUCUCUUUAUCUCCAUUAUGCAGAUAGUUAUUGUUGUUUUUGUAAUGCAUACAAUAAAUUUUAAUGUUAUA